CAGAUCCAGUGUGUGUGUGUUCGUGUGUUUGUGUGUGUGUGUGUGUGUGCGCGCCGCAGCAGCCCUGUAUGGAAAAUGGAGACGCUACAUCAGCACUGCACGAGCUAAAGAUCAAUUAGGCCUAGCUAAUACUCAUGUGAUUUUUAAAGACCAGACAAACCGGUAUUAAUAGCACUCAGGUUGACACGCAGACGGACACCGGCCAAGACAACCAUGGAAAUCUUUGGGAGCUCAGAGCGCUUUACGGUUUUUCCACCUCUGGAAUUGGGAAAUGACAACACGUCUCCGACACUUUAAAUGCAACUUUUUUUAAAUCUGAAUUAGGAUCGCCGGCUUUCAACGAACAUGAUUAUAUGGACUCGUAGUUUUAGGUCGUAAGAAAUGAGCGCAAACUGAUCCGAGGCACAAAACGAUUAGUCAGCUAAGUUUCGUUGUGUAUUUUAGUUGUUCUUGAUUUUAAUCUUAAAAUUGUGGAUUUGAGAAGUCUUAAUAGAUAUGGCAUUCUUUAUACAUAAUUUAUAACGUAGAUACAAAUUUUAGUAUAACUUUUUUUAUAAUUUUUUUGCAACGAGACAAACAACGUUAACUGUAAAAAUGAGAUCUCUGGCCCCGGGAAUCAAAUUCAUUACUUCUUUCUCUAGAGACAGCUGGUACCGGUUCUUCGUCCUCCUCCUUACGUUUGUCUUCUACACCACCUACCACCUUUCUCGAAAGCCUAUCAGUAUUGUCAAGAGUCAGCUGCACAGAAACUGCUCUAAUGUUAUUCAUCCAGCAGACCUCAACAUCACUGACAAUGACACCUGGUGUGAUUGGUCUCCUUUUGACCAGAACAAUUACCAGAACCUGUUUGGAGUCUUGGACAACUGCUUCCUUGUUGCAUAUGCUAUCGGCAUGUUCUUUAGUGGGAUAUUUGGAGAGCGAUUGCCCUUGCGUUACUACCUGAGCUCAGGCAUGAUUCUCAGUGGCAUUUUCACUGCUCUGUUUGGCCUGGGCUUUUACUGGCAAAUCCACUCUUUGUGGUAUUACUGCUUAGUUCAGGCCUUAAAUGGGCUGGUGCAGACUACAGGCUGGCCGGCAGUGGUAGCGUGUGUUGGGAACUGGUUUGGGAAGGGAAAGCGUGGAUUCAUCAUGGGCAUCUGGAAUUCUCACACCUCAGUAGGAAACAUUCUGGGCUCUCUCAUUGCUGGGGUCUAUGUGUCGUCCGCGUGGGGCCUGUCAUUCAUUGUGCCUGGUAUCAUCAUCACUGCUGCUGGAGUCAUCUGCUUUUUGUUCCUGGUUGAAAAACCUGAAGAUGUGGACUGUACCCCACCACAACACCAUGAGAGUGUGGAGCAGGAGCCUCUCCUGAGGAACUCGUCCAGCAAUGAGGAGAUCUUCAGCGCUAACACCUCCACAGCCGUGGAGACGGUGGAGGAUCACACAGAACCCAUCAGCUUCUGUGGAGCGCUCAGGAUUCCUGGUGUGGUGGAGUUCUCCUUGUGUUUGCUUUUUGCCAAGCUGGUCAGCUACACCUUCCUCUACUGGCUUCCUUUAUACAUCGCUAACGUUGCUCACUUUGAUCCUAAGGAAGCUGGGGACCUGUCUACGCUGUUUGAUGUUGGAGGAAUUGUGGGUGGCAUCCUGGCUGGAUUGAUAUCUGACUACAGUGGAGGCAGAGCCACUACUUGCUGUGCCAUGUUGAUCAUUGCUGCUCCUAUGCUGUUCCUGUUCAAUAAGAUCGGGCAGAACGGCUUGCCAACCACCAUUGGCAUGUUGCUGUGGUGUGGUGCUCUCGUGAAUGGACCCUACGCCCUCAUCACCACUGCUGUGUCAGCUGACCUAGGAACCCAUGAGUGCCUGAGAGGGAACUCCAGAGCACUGUCCACUGUGACCGCCAUUAUUGAUGGCACUGGAUCAAUAGGUGCUGCUGUUGGACCUCUGUUGGCUGGUCUGAUCUCUCCCACCGGUUGGAAUAAUGUUUUCUAUAUGCUCAUUUCUGCUGAUGUGCUGGCCUGUCUGCUGUUGUCCAGGCUCGUGUAUAAGGAGGUCAGAGGAUGGUGCGGAUACACUACAAGGCUGAGAGGGUGAACAUCCCUUAUUCACUCUUGUUCUUUGCAUUUGUUGAAUUAUGUUCAAAGAGAUCUGAGCCGCCCGUCGAACAAGAGAAUAUCACACCUGUGAUGGAAAAUUACCUGCAGCAUAACGACAAAAAGGGACCAUGGCUUGAUGCAACACACCAAGCCUUUUUAUGCCCAAGGGUUAUUUUAUAUGAAAAUUGUAACAUGAGACUUUCAUCCUUUUAUACUGACAAUGGGAACAAAGCUUAGCUGCUGCAGUGAAGGAGGAGGAGCGUUACACUCACCCUCGUCCACAUGUGGCCUGAGCGGGACAAACACAACAGGAUCACUAAGCUUCUUCAUUUUAAAUCAGGAUGUUUUUAGUGACUGCUCAAUACAGAUGUACCUUUUUUUCUAGCAUUAAAAUAUGCCAUCGGUGCUUUGUCCUUUUA